AAAGUGUGUUGAAGUGAAGAAUUAAUGAAAUUCUCCUAUGAGACUAAGAAUCAGGAACAUCCAGGUUCAACACUGCCUUUCUGGAGACAGUUGUAUCAUUCAGAUGGUUCUUUAUACCAGAUCCAGGGCCCUGGUUUCCAUGAAAAAGCAGGCAAAGGAAACACAACAUUAUCAGCAUUUAUAUACCUUUACAUACAGGAGCAGAAGAAUCCUCCUGCCCUUCGAGGCUGUUCAUUUCGCUCUCCAAUAAGGAAAAAUCAAAAUGCUUCCCCCAACAAAGACUAUGCAUUCAAUACUUUAACCCAGCUCGAGAUGGACCUUGUGAAAUUCAUGUCCAAGGUGCAGAAUCUGAAAGCCGCCAUGGCAACCGGCGGUAACCUCAAGCUUCAGAACUCAGAGCCACAAAGAUUUCGAAGAGUUCAUCCUCAUCGUUGGAGCACAGUCCUCAGGAUCAGCCGCACAUACGCGUUCGGGAAGAGACCUCAGAUCAGAGCCGGCCAUCUCUUCCCCUCUCGUAAUUGUGACGCUACCUUUGAAAGGUGUUCCCUGAACCCUUUACUUUUUCCCGAAACUUCAACUUCCAGGAUGUGGAAAAACUGGAAGGAGCUGAGACGCCUCCUUUGUGCCUUCUGUACUCUUUCUGGGUGUUUUCAAGCAAAUGGGACUAUUUUUGUCCAGGUCACUACCAGCUAAUGAUGGGAAUCCUAAGAAAGAGCAAAACAUCAAAAUGCCUUAUAGCAAAUCGAUCGAGGACAUAAAUGAGAACGAAAUCUGCUGUACAAUUGGAUUUAGCAAUUGCCAUAAAAUAGUGUCCCGGGUCUUUGCCUCGCCCUAACACAGAGCUUUGCAGACCUCAGUGUUGCCUGGAAAACAGU